GGUUUCAAAUCAUGUGAUAUGAAAGCUUGGAGACAGCACUGGAAUCAUCAACUUUACAAAGCUCUGGAGCAUCAGUAUCAAAUGGGCUUAGAAGCACUCAAUGAGAAUUUACCAGAAAUAAAUAUUGAUCUAACAUUCAAGCAAGGCCGGUUGCAAUUCAGACCUCCUUUUGAAGAAGUACGAGCUAGGUAUUAUAGAGAAAUGAAGAGAUUCAUCUCCAUUCCAAAUCAGUUUAGGGGAGUAAGUGAAGUAGAAGAGGAGUCUAUAUUCACUGUUAUGACGGAAAGAAAUGCAAAUGGAUUUCUGACCGCUUUCAGUAAAGCAGAGGAUUUGUUCAGAAGGCUGACAGAAGUUUCUGAUCAAUUCAAGGAAUGGAUCGUCAUUGGCCAAGUAGAUAUGGAAACUCUGGUGGAGACACAUCUUUCUAGCAAACAGGACUGGGAAAAAAACUUCAAAGCAUUAAAAGUGAGAGGGAAAGAAGCAGAACGUCUUCCAAGCACCAUAAGGAUAGAUUGUUUAACUGUUAACUGCAACCCUGUGAAAACUGUAAUUGAUGAUUUCAUCCAGAAGUUGUAUGAUAUUCUUGUCAUUUCUUUGAGAAAAUCUAUUCAAGCUCACUUAUAUGAUGCUUCUUCAUUUCUCACUGAUGCCAUGGAAACAUUAGUGGUUAGGCCCCAGACUGUAGACGAAAUAGCAGAAGACAAUUUAAAAUAUUUAAACCUACAUGAACGAAAAGAAGGGAUUUUUCUCCUGUUUCAAGAGGCUGAAGAUAAAAAUAAACUUUUGCGAACUGUGGCUGGUGCAGGUUUGGACACUAUCAGUAACCUAAGAGCUACAUGGGAUAAAUUUGAAUUAAUGAUGGAAAGCCACCAGCUUAUGAUUACAGAACAGAUUGAAAUGAUGAAAGGAAAUGUGAUUUCACGUAUUAAUAUAUAUCUUCAAGACCUGGAAAAGUUUAAAGCUCGUUGGGAUCAGCUAAAGCCAAGUGAUGAUGUCAUUGAAACAGGUGAUCAGGAUGUGCUUGAGAAAAGUGCUCAGAUCAUAAAGGACAAAAAGAAAGAAUUCGAUGAACUUGAAACCGUGAAAGAAAAACUCAUUGAAGAAUGCCAUCAUUUUAAAUUGGAAGAGCCUGACUUCUCAUUGUCAAAAGUUGUAUGUCAAGAUAUUAAGAGUUAUGCAGAAGUCUGGGCAUUGUAUGAAGAAUUUUGUCAAGGUUUUCAGGAAAAAGCCAAAGAAGACUGGAUUACUUUUAGGAGUAAAACAUACCUAUUUGAAGAAUUUUUGUUUAACUGGCAUGACAAAAUGAGGAAGAUGGAAGAACAUACUGUGAUGACAGUAAAAUUGCAAAAAGAAGUGGACAAAUAUAAAACGAUAAUUCCACUCCUAAAAUAUGUAAGAGGAGAACAUCUUUCUCCAGACCAUUGGCUGGAUCUCUUCCGUCUUCUGGGUCUUCCGCGAGGCACUACACUUGAGGGUUUGUUAUUUGGAGAUCUGCUAAGAGUGACGGAUGCCAUUAUAGAAAAAGCAACAGAACUUAAGGAUUUGAAUUGUCGGGCCCAAGGUGAAGUCACAAUCAGAGAAGCAUUACGAGAGCUUGAACUCUGGGGAGUUGGAGCUGUCUUUACAUUAACAGAUUAUGAAGAUAGCCAAGGCAAGACUAUCAGGCUUAUUAAAGACUGGAAGGACAUAAUCAACCAAGUUGGAGAUCAUCGCUGUCUUCUACAGUCCCUCAAGGACUCUCCAUAUUACAAAGGUUUUGAAGAUAAAGUGUCCAUCUGGGAAAAAAAGCUGGCUGAGUUGGAUGAGUAUCUGCAGAAUUUAAACCAAAUUCAAAGGAAAUGGGUCUAUUUGGAACCGAUAUUUGGUCGUGGAGCUCUGCCCAAAGAACAGGCUCGUUUUAACAGAGUUGAUGAAGACUUUAGAUCCAUUAUGUCAGAUAUCAAGAGUGACAACAGGAUAACAUCACUGAAUGCCCAGACAGGGAUAAGAAGUACCUUAAUUACCAUACUUGAUCAGCUUCAGAGAUGUCAGAGAUCUUUGAAUGAGUUUUUGGAGGAAAAGCGCUCAGCAUUUCCAAGAUUCUAUUUCAUUGGAGAUGAUGACUUACUAGAAAUUUUAGGACAGUCCACAAAUCCUCUGGUUAUCCAGUCUCAUCUUAAGAAACUUUUUGCUGGCAUUAAUAGUGUGAGCUUUGAUGAAGAAUUUAAAUACAUAGUUGCCAUGAAGUCUGUAGAAGGAGAAACUGUGCCACUUAGAAAUAAAGUUCUUCUGUCAAAUGAUGUGGAGGUGUGGCUAAACAGUUUGGCUUUGGAGAUGAAGGAGACCCUGAAAAAAAUGUUAAUUGACUGUGUUGAUGCUGGAAAAAAGUCACAAGGUUCAAUUGAUCCAUCGCUCUUUCCUUCCCAG